GUGGGCUGCGCCGCACUCAGUGCGCGGUGUGACGAUAUAAAGAAUAUUACCGAUCGACUCUUUGAUCUACACUGUGCCACUGUAUAACUAAAAGUCCCUAAAGCCGGCCAGGAAGCUUUACCCCUCUGUGCCGUUAUGGCUGCAGGGGAAGACAAGAUGAUGCCUGGCCCCCCACAGCCUGUUCCAGGAUACCCACAGCAGAACCAGGCUCAAGAUAACAUGCAAAUGAUUCAGAAGGCAAUGAAUCAGAUGGAAGAAAAGGGUUUGCAAGAAGAUCCGAGAUAUGCACAGCUGAUGGCAAUGGCUGACAGAGCUAGAUCUGGGAUGCACCCUCCAGGAAUGCCAAGUGGUAUGUCCCAAGGAAUGCCAGGUGGACCACAGCACCAUGGCAUGCAGGGUCCUCGAUCACAAAACCAGGGUCAGAGGAUGGCUACUUCUCCUUCACCAGGCAUGGGAGGUCAUCAAGGAAUGCCUGGCUCCUCUCACAACAUGCCUGCAGGACCACAGGGGAUGUCUGGUACCCCAGGUAUGAUGCCUGGUGGACCACAAGGCAUGCAUUCAGGUCAGCAAGGUAUGCCAGGCCCAGGGGGUCAGAGCAUGGGUGGCGCCCAGCCUCACAGAAUGGCAAACAUGGGACCAAACCAGGGUAUGCCCAAUGGAUCUAUGGGGAUGUCUGGUUCUAGUAUGCCUAACCCAGCACUGGGAGGGCCAAAUAUGACAGCACCUCCUAGUGGUCCACCAAGCAUGAAUUUACCUCAAAACAUGCCAAAUAGCUCCAGCAGUGCAGGGCCGAAUGUUAGCCAGCCAGCAGGUCCCCACAUAUCUGGUGGGCCAAAUAUGGGUGGAUACAACAUGGCAAACCAGGGAGGACAAGGCAUGCCAAGUAGCACUGGAGGCUCCCCAGGUAUGACUGGCCCAGGUAUAAAUGGACCUAUGUCUGGAAACAGUACUGGAAUGGGAAACCAUGGCAUGUCUGGAGGUAGUUCUGGAGGGCCUAUGGGCCAUUCUAUGCCAAUGGAUGACAUGAGGUCAAUGAGUCAUGGUAAUGGCAGUUCUUCACUGGGGCCUCCUAAUUCCAGGAUGGAGCAAGACCAAAAUCAGCAAGGCCAGCAGAACAUGCCACCUAACCAAAGUGGUGGUCCAUCAAGAUACAACUUUUCCACCCCCCAGCUAACCCAACUCCGGGGACAGAUCAUGGCCUACAAAUUACUUGCAAGAAACCAAAACAUUCCAGAAAAUGUACGCAUGGCAAUUGAAGGGAAGCGCCAAUUCGCGAGUGGAUCAAGACCAAUGAAUGAUUCUAACCAACAGCGAAUGCCUCAACAACCACCACAACCUCACAUGCCUCCCCAGAAUAUGCACUAUCCUGGUGGACAAAGUAUGCCGCAAGGACCACCUGGUCAGCCUGCCCCACCAGGGUCACAGCCCCGUCCCCAAUCCCAACAGACACCGCCGUCUUCUGUCCAGUCUGUGCUUUCCAUGCAACAGAAGCAGAGCCGGAUUGCACCUGUUGCCAAACCGCAGGGACUGGAUCCUUUGGAGAUCCUCAAUGAAAGAGAAAACAGAAUCUCAUCCAGAAUAUCAUCAAGGAUAAAAGAACUUGAAUAUCUACCAGGAAUAAUGGAGGAAGACAUGAAAGUCAAAGCCAUGAUCGAGUUUAGAGCUCUGCGAUUACUCAAUUUCCAAAGACAGUUGAGGUCAGAGGUUGUAGCGUAUAUGAGAAAAGAUACAACAUUAGAGACUGCAUUAAACACCAAAGCCUAUAAGAGGAGUAAGAGGCAGUCACUGAGGGAGGCACGUGUCACAGAAAAACUAGAGAAACAACAGAAACUUGAACAUGAAAAACGACGCAGACAAAAACAUCAGGAAUAUCUUAACGCUGUUCUGCAACAUGCAAAGGACUUUAAAGAAUUCCAUCGCAAUGUUACUGCAAAGAUCAGCAAACUUAACAAAGCAGUGAUGGUGCAUCAUGCCAAUACAGAAAGAGAACAAAAGAAGGAACAGGAACGACUUGAGAAAGAACGUAUGAGGAGGCUGAUGGCUGAAGAUGAAGAAGGUUACAGAAAACUCAUUGAUCAAAAGAAAGACAAGCGUCUAGCCUACCUCCUUCACCAGACUGAUGAAUACAUCACAAACCUUAUGUCUCUGGUAUCAGCACAUAAAGAAGAUAUAAGGAAGAAGAAACAAGCAAGGAAGAACAAAAAGAAGAAGGAACCUGGUGACCAUCCUGAUAAUGCUGAUGAGAGCUCCAACAUGAGUGAACCAAGGAUAUCUGUGAUAGAAACCAACACCGGUAAAGUUCUGAGUGGGGAGGAUGCUCCAAUGUCCAGUCAGCUUGAAGCUUGGUUAGAAAUGCAUCCUGGGUAUGAAGUAGCCCCAAGAGAAGAUGGUGAAGAAGACGAUGAAGAGGAGGAUGAGGAAGAGCAAGAAGAGAUAUUAUUACCGCCGCCGCCACCUCCUCCAGCCGCCAACAGACCUCCGAUACAGUCCGUGGAUGACUUAGCUGAACAUGAAGCAACAGAAAUUAUUCAAACGGCAGCAUCACGUCUGGAUGAUGAUGAAUACCAUAACCAGGUGGAGAUGAGGAAUUACUAUAAUGUAGCUCACACUGUUCACGAGUCUGUAACGGAACAGGCCAGCAUCAUGAUCAAUGGCUCACUGAAACAUUACCAGGUCAAAGGAUUGGAGUGGAUGGUGUCUUUAUAUAACAACAACUUAAAUGGUAUUUUGGCCGACGAGAUGGGUCUGGGGAAGACUAUUCAAACCAUUGGUUUGAUCACCUACCUGAUGGAGACCAAGAGGAUCAAUGGGCCAUUCCUGAUUAUUGUACCUCUCUCAACAUUGUCCAACUGGCUUCUGGAGAUAGAAAAGUGGGCUCCUUCUGUCGUUACCAUAUCAUACAAGGGCUCUCCUAUCACUCGACGUUCCCUAGCUCCACAACUCAAGAUGGGCAAGUUCAACGUGCUGUUAACCACAUAUGAGUACAUCAUCAAAGACAAGUCUGUGUUGGCAAAGUUGCGUUGGAAGUACAUGAUCAUUGAUGAAGGACAUCGUAUGAAGAAUCACCAUUGUAAACUGACCCAGGUUCUAAACACUCACUACUGUGCUCCCCACCGUCUGUUAUUGACAGGAACACCUCUUCAGAACAAAUUGCCAGAAUUGUGGGCCCUGCUAAACUUCCUGUUGCCAAGUAUCUUCAAGUGCUGUACUACAUUUGAGCAAUGGUUCAAUGCACCUUUUGCAAUGACUGGUGAAAAGGUUGAGUUAAACCAAGAAGAAACUCUACUGAUUAUCCGACGUUUACACAAAGUGUUGCGUCCAUUCUUGCUACGACGUCUGAAAAAAGAGGUGGAAUCUCAGUUGCCUGACAAGGUGGAGUAUGUGAUCAAAUGUGAAAUGUCAGCUCUCCAGCGUGUUGUAUACAGACACAUGCAGUCGAGAGGCAUUUUGUUGACUGAUGGGUCAGAAAAGGACAAAAAGGGCAAAGGAGGUGCUAAGACAAUGAUGAAUACCAUCAUGCAGCUGAGGAAGAUCUGUAAUCAUCCAUUCAUGUUCCAACAUUUAGAAGAGGCAUUUGCAGAACAUCAAGGCUUGUCAACUAACGUUGUACAAGGGCCGGAGUUGUACAGAGCUGCAGGGAAGUUUGAGCUGCUGGACAGGAUGUUCCCAAAACUGAAGGCAACAGGCCACAGAGUACUGCUCUUCUGUCAGAUGACCUCACUUAUGAGUAUCAUGGAAGAUUACUUUGUCUACAAAGGGUACCGAUACUUGCGUCUAGAUGGUACAACCAAGGCAGAUGACCGAGGCCAGCUUCUGAGUGUUUUCAACUGUGCCGACUCUCCUUACUUUGUAUUCUUACUGAGUACAAGGGCUGGAGGAUUGGGCCUGAACCUCCAGGCUGCUGAUACUGUUAUCAUAUAUGACUCUGACUGGAAUCCUCAUCAGGAUUUGCAAGCUCAAGACAGAGCUCACAGAAUUGGCCAGCAGAAUGAGGUGCGUGUGCUACGUCUGAUGACAGUAAACAGUGUGGAGGAGAGGAUAUUGGCAGCUGCCCGAUACAAAUUAAACGUGGAUGAGAAGGUUAUCCAGGCUGGUAUGUUUGACAACAAGUCAACAGGAACGGAGAGACGCCAGUUCUUAACCACAUUGUUGUUACAGGAGAAUGAUGAAGCUGAGGAGGAAGAUGAGGUACCUGAUGAUGAAACUAUCAAUCAGAUGUUGGCAAGAACUGAGGAAGAAUUCGACCUGUAUCAGAAAAUGGAUAUAGAGAGAAGACGAGAAGAAGCUAGAAAUCCGAACAGAAAACCAAGGCUCAUGGAACAGGAUGAACUGCCAGGCUGGAUAGUCAAAGAUGAAGCUGAGGUUGAGAGACUGACAUUUGAAGAUGAAGAAGACAAGAUAUUUGGGCGAGGAUCAAGACAAAGAAAGGAGGUGGAUUACUCAGACUCUCUUACUGAGAAGCAGUGGCUCAAGGCCAUAGAAGAUGGUAACUUAGAGGAGGUUGAAGAGCAGGUGAAGAGAGUUCCAACCACAGAAAAGAAGAAAUCAAAAAAACGGAAGAUGGUAGUGGUGGACGAUGAGGAUGACAAGAAACCAAAGAAAAAGAGAGGACGGCCACCAGUAGAAAAGCUACCACCUAAUCCACCCAAACUCACAAAGAUGAUGAAGAAACUUCUCGAUGUCAUCAUUCAUUACAAAGACAAUGAUGGAAGAGUCUUGAGUGAUGCCUUCUUUCAACUGCCAUCCAAAAAAGAAUUGCCAGAAUACUAUGAGAUCAUAAUCAAACCAGUUGACUUUAAAAAGAUAAAAGCUCGUAUCAGGGACCACAAAUACAGGAGUAUAGAUGACCUCGAGUCGGAUGUCCUUACCUUGUGUGAGAAUGCACAAUCUUACAACAUUGAGGGAUCUCUAAUCUAUGAGGAUUCCAUUGUACUACAAUCUGUGUUUACCAAUGCGAGAGAAAGACUAGAGAAAGAUGGAUUUAAUGUGUCAUCUGAUGAUAGUGCCAGCAGUGAGGGAGAAGAGGAGGAUGAUAAUGGUGAUGAGGAAGAUGAAGAGGUUGUAAAAGUCCAGAAAGUGAAAUUAAAAGAAUCUUCAAAGAAGUCUGGUAGUGCUAGGAAACAACGCAAAUCUAGAGGGAAGUCCCGGGCGGUGAUCAGUGAUGACGAGGAAGAUGGAGAUGAAGAGGUUCUUGAUGAAAGCAUAAAUUUACUCUAAUAGGACCAGUCGGAGGAAGAGACUGCUCCAAGUUCACGCAGUUCUUCAAGAGUGUCCUCCCCUGCUCCAGGACGCAGACAACGCUAGGAUGUUGAAGCUUCAGAGGUCACUGUGAUGUUGCAGAGUAAUAAAAUAACUCACAAUUUAAAUUUUCCUGUAAUAUUAGACUUUGCCACUCUUAGGGUAUGUGUCUUUAAAGUACACAAAUGUUUGCAUGCUGGACUUUGUUAGCAUACAUUUAGUUUUUUUUUUUUUUAAUGAAUUCAAUUUGAGAAUAAGAUAUCAAAAGGUGAUCAGAUUAAAUAGACAUUAUGUUAAUUUCAUGGAAGAAAGUCUGUAGUUAGGAAUCUCACUUUGUUUUGUUUCAAGUAAUGGAUGUUUAAAUUGAAUAUUAGGGCGUACAUUUGUAAAAUAUACAUUAAUUUAAUGCUUGUAUAAAAAAAUAUCCUUACAUUGUAUGUUAGAUUGCAUGUGAUAGAAAGGCUGUUUUAUUUUUUUUUUUAAAUGGAUGAAGUUCUUUCAGAAUAUAUCUUAGCCCAUAUGUUUUGACCCCAACAUUUUUGAUGAUAGGAAAGACUUUUAUUUAACAGAUACUGUCAAAAUAAAUAAAAACUGUCUUAAGUUUUUUUUUUUUUAUUUAGCCAUAUCUUCUAAUAGAAAUACAGUAUAUCUGAUUAUUUUCUGUACAUUCUAGUUUCAUGCAUUGUUCAAAAACAUUAAUCUAAACAUCAAAUUUCAUCAUUUCAUUAUCGUGAUCAUGCAUUGUCAAAAAAUAACAUUUCAUGCUUUUAUGUUCAUCACGAUAUUGUAAGUUGUGAAGAUAUGUCUAUUGUUGUUCAGAAAUUCUAUUUCUUCUGAUUCUUGUGGAUCAAGUUGUACAGCAUGUUGUUAUUAUGUCAUUAUUGUCAUGCAUUUGUAAGUGUUUUCAUAACGGACAAGAUUGUAGAGAGAUGAAAUGGAAAGGUGCAAUCACAACUAAAUACACUUUACAUUGAUGUGUAUAUCCCUGUGUAAUAAAAUUUCACAGUUA